AUGGACGCACUCAUAACUCAUACCAGCAGCUUGGAAACCUUGAAAAGAUGGUCCUGCUUCCCAGGUACGAGGACGGAGCGAUAUUUUACCGGGGAAUUGCCAACCGAUGAUCCUGAGGAGUUUGAAACUUUGCCGUAUCAUUUCUCUCGAAAUAUAGAUGUGCCCAAAGAAGUCGACAGGAGAAGCAAAGGCGUCGUCACACGCGUCAAAAGUCAAGGUCCAUGCGGAUCAUGUUGGGCAUUUGGAGCGACUGCGGUAGUGGAGAGUCAAUACGUGCUGCAGACGAGAAACAAACUGACCGUCCUGAGCGAGCAGAGCCUGCUCGACUGCGAAACUAGCUCCUCUGGCUGCAGCGGUGGAUCGACAUGGAAUGCUGUGAAAUUCGUGAUGAAGCACGGAAUAGCACGCGACGACGACUACCCUUACACGCACGUCAAAGGCAAGUGCCAGUGCAAAGAGAAGGGCUGCUCCGAUCACCCCGAGAUCCUAAAGGUUCUCAGGCUGAGGUCGAAAAGCGUUUACUCAGCGUCAGAUUGCGGAGCAAAUACUAAAAAUCACAGCAUAGCGAUUGUGGGCUACGGAACGGAAAACGGUCAAGAUUAUUGGCUAGUCAAAAAAUCAUGGGGUCCUAAUUGGGGUGAUAAAGGUUACGUUAAAAUAGCACGCAACAAGAACAAUUUCUGCGGCAUCGCUAUUCAUGUUUUUCUGCCUAUGUACAAGACAAGACGACCCUGGUAAUUUUUAAUCA